UUGACAAUUCUAUCAAAUCAAAUGAUCCUUUAGCUGCUAUUGAUUUCUCAGUCCACAACCGAAAAUUGAAGCAAAUCAUGUGCGGAAUUUUCGCCUACUUGAAUUUCAACGUCAGCAGAGAGCGCCGCUACAUCCUCGAGGUUUUGUUCAACGGCCUCCGCCGCCUCGAGUAUAGGGGCUAUGAUUCCGCCGGAAUUUCCAUCGAUUCCUGCUUCGCUUGCUCCGAUUCCCUCGUCUUCCGCAAGGAAGGCAACAUCGAAUCCCUCGUCAAAUCUGUCUACCACGAAGUAGCUGCUACCGAUUUGAAUUUGGAGGAGUCAUUCUCAGUUCAUGCUGGAAUAGCACACACUCGCUGGGCUACACAUGGAGAACCAGCUCCAAGGAAUAGCCAUCCUCAGACAUCUGAUUCAAAAAAUGAGUUCUUAGUUGUUCACAAUGGAGUCAUAACCAACUAUGAGGUGUUAAAAGAGACACUAGUUCGCCAUGGUUUCACCUUUGAAUCUGACACUGAUACAGAAGUGAUUCCGAAGCUUGCCAAAUUUGUCUAUGACAAUGCAAAUGAGGAAGGUGACAAGAGUGUGACAUUCAGUCAAGUUGUGCUAGAGGUUAUGAGGCAUCUGGAAGGAGCAUAUGCUCUGAUAUUCAAAAGCACUCAUUAUCCGAAUGAAUUGAUUGCUUGCAAACGUGGCAGUCCGUUGCUCCUUGGUGUAAAAGAGUUAACUGAAGAGCCCAGCAGAGCAACUUUUAAUGACACAAAAUUUCUUUCAAGCAAUGGGCAGCCGAAGGAACUCUUUUUGUCAAGUGAUGCCAGUGCUCUGGUGGAGCACACUAAAAAGGUUUUGGUGAUUGAGGAUGGUGAAGUUGUCCAUAUUCAGGAUGGAGGUGCUUCCAUUUUCAAGUUUGAGAAUGCUAAAGAAAAAGGUCAUGAAAAACUAAAGCGGCCAGCUUCUGUCCAACGUGCACUCUCAGUUCUGGAAAUGGAAGUUGAGCAAAUAAAUAAAGGGAAAUACGAGCACUACAUGCAGAAAGAAAUUCAUGAACAACCAGAAUCUCUUACCACAACAAUGAGAGGGAGGCUUAUACGUGGAGGAUCAUGCAAAGCAAAGAGUGUUCUUUUAGGAGGAUUAAAGGAUCACCUUAGAACGAUACGGAGAAGUCGAAGAAUAGUCUUCAUUGGCUGUGGCACAAGUUAUAAUGCAGCAUUAGCUGCAAGGCCAAUUUUGGAAGAACUUUCUGGUAUCCCUGUGACAAUGGAGAUUGCUAGCGAUUUGGUGGAUAGGCAGGGGCCCAUAUACAGAGAAGACACAAUUGUGUUUGUUAGUCAAUCAGGGGAGACAGCGGACACAUUGCAGGCACUAGAAUAUGCAUUAGAGAAUGGUGCAUUAUGCGUUGGCAUCACCAACACUGUUGGCAGCGCAAUUGCUAGGCAUACACACUGUGGAGUUCACAUAAAUGCAGGUUGUGAGAUAGGGGUAGCUAGUACCAAGGCAUACACAAGCCAAAUUGUUGUGAUGGCUAUGCUUGCUCUGGCAAUUGGAGAUGACACAAUUUCUAGCCAAGCAAGACGGGAAGCAAUAAUAGAUGGCCUAUUUGAUUUGCCGAAUAAGGUGAAAGAGGCUCUCAAACUCGACGAGGAAAUGAAAGAUCUUGCUCAACUACUUAUUGCAGAACAGUCGCUUCUUGUCUUCGGGAGAGGGUACAACUACGCAACUGCAUUGGAAGGUGCCUUGAAGGUGAAAGAAGUAUCAUUAAUGCAUAGUGAAGGAAUACUUGCUGGGGAGAUGAAACAUGGUCCUUUGGCUUUAGUAGAUGAGACCCUUCCGAUAGUUGUUAUUGCUACCCGCGAUGCUUGUUUCAGCAAGCAACAAUCUGUUAUCCAGCAACUUCAUGCUCGGAAAGGUCGACUUAUAGUUAUGUGUAGUAAAGGAGAUGCAGCAUCUGUCACUGUUGGCGGAUCUUGCCGCGUAGUUGAAGUUCCUCAGGUUGAGGACUGCCUGCAGCCAGUAAUCAACAUAGUUCCUCUACAGCUUUUGGCAUAUCAUCUGACCGUUCUCCGUGGAUACAACGUCGAUCAGCCGCGAAAUCUUGCUAAAAGCGUGACAACCCAAUGAGGAAAUGAGCUCGGAAUCAACCUGCAUAUCUUUUGCUAUGGUGAUUUCAUUUACCUCGGAUCCAAUAGUCUGAUCACCUUAUUGUCUAACCUUGAGAUGUCGCGUCGUACUCCCCAGUGCAUCACAUCCUCUUUGCUGCUGUCUCUAUACAUACAUUGUUUUCUUACUGCUAGAUUCAGUUAGGAUAACUGCUUCAUGUAGAGAUUGUCCUAUACAAAUUUGUUCAACUGAUUUUAUCGACCGAUUACUACUAACAUUGUCUCAAAGUCUCAAAACAAAUGUUUGGCUUCUUA